CUUUUGCCCUCGGCGAGUCCUUCGUUCACAAUCGUUGCCCUGCCGUGGUGACUUCCUUUCGCUUAUCCGACUUUACACCUUCGCUUCUACGCAUCUCACCAUGUUGUUCAACAUCAAGAGCACCGUUAUCGGUGCUCUGCUGAGCGCAACAGCUGUCCAGGCUGCUUGCUCAAGCAACCUCCUAAUCGAUAAUUUCGCAACUUUCUCCCAGAAUACGAACAGCUUGGGUUCGUGGACUAGCGAUGACGGUCAAAUGACUUCGAUCUCGGCGUCUGCCAACACGCUCAGCUUCACCCCGAACGCUAACUCGUACUUCUACGAGACCAUUCCCUGCCAGGCUGCCAGCACCAACAAAUAUACAGCUUUGCAGUUCUCCGUUACGGCGCCUAAGGAUGCGACCUUCUUGGUCGAACUUCAGUCAAAGGCCGCUUGCUCGGAUGCCACUCACAAGAGUGUCUGGUUCACUGUUACUGGCAUGACCGGUUCGAAGCAGACUGUUACCAUUCCCUUCAGCUCUUUCCCUGGCGCGAGCCUGAAUGGCAUCACAGGCUUUGUGUGGUCGACUUUCUCAAAGACGGGUUCGCAGUACCAGCUGAGUAACGUGAACCUCGUCUGCUCUGGCGGUGGCUCGACGCCUACCACUCUCACGUCUGCCACCCAGCCUCCGGCUCCCACGGGAGCCUGCACUCCCUUGGUCGUGGACGAUUGGGAGUCGCAGUCUCGCCUGACUUUCCUGUUCUACAAUGCCCUCAUCCUGCCCACGAGCAGUGACGGCACCAUGUCGUCCCUCGUUGUGAGCAACAACAACAGGAUGACCCUGACGCCCAAGGACACCAGCUCUUACUUCUACAGCAAGACUGGGUGUGUCAACACCCAGAACCGUUAUGGAGGCAUUUCACUCCGCGUCAAGGCGCCACGCGGUACAACCUUCACGAUCCAGCUCAGCUCCCCCGAUACUUGUGGAGGCGAGGACACGAAGUUCGCAGCCCAGACAGCCUCAGACCUUGGCUGGACCUUUGACGGAACCGAGAGAUUGUACACCAUCCCCUUCUCCAAGUUCGGCGCUCUCGACAAGACCAAGGUUUCUACCCUCUUCUUCGCAGGCUUCACUCAGGCUGUCACCUUCGGCCCGAUGGCGUUCUACUGCGGCAACACUGCUGGCGAGUUCGUGCCUCCAGUCACCUCCGCUACUGUUCCCACCGGCACAGUUGCUGCUCCUACCGCGGCUGCCUCUGCUACCCUGGUUAUCGACCGCUUCGGCAACCAGGCUGCCAACGCUCUCAACAUGUGGCACGGUGGUGACGAUGGUCUCAGCUUGACUUGGGGCUCGCAGUCGCUGACUCUCAAGGCCUCUGACUCGGACUACUCGUUCUACACACAGCUCUCCGCCACGUGCAGGGACAUGACCCAGUACGACAACUCCUACCUCCACGUCGUCUACAGCGGCAGCAACAAGUUCACCAUCGCCAUGCAGCAGCACAACUCGCAGUGCAACACGGCCAUCGCCCCGUACCCGGAGACCUGGGACUCGCUCGAGGCCGCGCGCUACUCGUCGGCCACCGAUAUCUACAUCCCCAUCAAGCACUUCAACAUCAACCGCAGCCGGGCCGUCGGCUUCGCGUUCAAGGGCUUCUACACCACGGACUCCACGCAGCUGAAGCUCGUCGAGAUCGUCAACAAGAUCCCAGCCAACGUCAAGAUCCCUGUCAAGCUGCCCAGCGGCAACCUCGUCUUCUCGUGCAAGCGGCCCAACUCGUUCGCCUUCGCCAUCGACGACGGCAUCCCGGCGCUGUCCCAAGAGGUCAUGAAGAUCAUCAAGGAAGAGAACAUCAAGGUCACCUUCUUCACCGUCGGCGCGCCCCUCGACGACGCGGGCACCAACCUGACCAACGUCUACCGCGAGAUGGCCAGCCAGGGCCACCAGAUCGCCCUGCACUCGUACACGCACCCCAAGAUGGAGGGGCUGCCGGACAACGAGGCCAUCGACUGGGAGUACAUCAACGACAUCGACGCCAUGAAGGACGCCUUCGGCGCCAACUACAAGUCCAACUACUUCCGGCCCCCCUUCGGCAACGAGGGCGCCCGCAUGCGCCAGCGCCUCACGCAGGUCCUGGGCACGAGCGACGCGUACAUCAUGAACUGGUCCGUCGACGUCGAGGACUGGCUCUGGGCCGAGUCGUCGACACCCGAGAAGCAGCUCGAAGCGUUCAAGCGCGAUGUCAAUAAGGGCGGCAACCUGGUCGUGCUGCACUACCUGUACCCCAGCACGGUGUCGUACCUGCGCGAGUUCAUCCGCAUCGCCAAGGCCACCGGCAAGCAGCUCAUGCGCGUGGACCAGUGCAUGAUGGACCCGAACGCGCCGCCGUUGUAAGUGGAUGGAUGGGUGGUAGAUGAGCUGGGGAGAUGUGGAGUUGUGAUGAUAUGCGGGCGUGGCGUUGAAGCGGUGAUUCCUUUGUGUCUUCUUGCGAAUAAUGGAUAUCCUCUGUAGUAAAAAAAGUCAGCUAGUCAUAAGAACAUAAUUCAGACCAAUAUCAUCGACAAACGUA